AUGGCUGAGACCCCUAAUUGCACUGUUUAUGUUGGAAAUUUGGAUGAGAGAGUAAGCGAUCGUGUAUUAUAUGACAUUUUAAUUCAAGCAGGGCGUAUUAUUAACUUGUACAUUCCUCGUGAUAAGGAAAAUUAUAAGCCUAAAGGUUUUGCCUUCGCUAAAUAUGAGACAGAGGAGAUUGCAAAUUAUGCUGUGAAGCUUUUCUCUACUUCAGUAACACUCUACGGUAGAACAUUAAAGUUUGCUAUUUCUAGACAAGACAAGUCCUCUAAUAAUUAUAAGGAAAUUUCACCAAAAUCUAUGAGAUUGUCAACUUUAUGCAG